AUGGGUAUCUUCAAAAGACUUGGGGUCGCAACAAUUGCCGCACUUAUAGGUCAUACUUUGGCCAUUCCUAUCGUUGUCCACCCCGGUGGUGCGAAUGAUGUUGUUAUCACGUCGCAAGAUACGCUUAACGAGACAAUUUCCACCAACGGACCUAAUAAGGUUCUGUCAGCUGGAGAUGCUGAGCAGCUGUCAGUCUCUGUGUACAACAAUUUUCAAAGUGAUACCAUCAACGUCUAUGUCACUGGACUCGAUUCCAAUGGGGACAUUGUCUGCCUUACAUCUAGUGGAAGUUGGUAUACUCCAUCAGCAGAUGGUAGCUCCACAACUCCCCAAGAAAUCACGGAAGACAUUGCCAUCCCUAUUGGUGCUUAUGGAACAACUACUUCGUUUACCCUUCCGAGCUAUUUCUCAUCAGGUCGCGUCUGGGUCGCAGAUGGUGACCUGACAUUCUGGACUGUGAUAGCUGCCACUGGUGUUCUAUCUCUGGUUGAGCCAUCUGCAGUCAACCCGGAUGAUCCUAGUGCAAACGUCAACUGGGGCUUCGUCGAGCUCACGACGGAUGAGGACGGCGUUACGGUCAAUAUAAGCUAUGUCGACUUCGUUGGUUUCCCGCUCGGUAUCGAGGUUGAGGGUAGUGAUGGCACCCAAACAGCUCUGGGUGUAACAGCAGAUGCAUUAUCAUCCAUCUGCAGCGCCUUAACUGCACAGGCAUCUUCAGAUGGUCAGCCCUGGAACGAGCUCUGCAUGACUGAUAGUAGCGGCAACAUCCUUCGCGUUAUUGCUCCCUACGACUAUAUAAGUCUAGAACCGGACGCUUUUGAUUCCUACUGGACGAGCUACAUCUCUGAAGUCUGGUCUCAAUACGAGACUACACCCCUGACAAUUGAUACUCAGGCUGCAGCGGGCCUAGUAAAUUGUACAGUGUCAAGCGGUACAUUGAACUGCGACGGGGACAAUCGAGGCUAUGCACAGCCAGCCGCCAGCGAUAUCUUUGGUUGCAACAGUGGGCCAUUUGCAAUUGAGUCAGGUGACAAUGCCGUGCACGCCGCUGUUGUUCCUCGUCUCUGCGCCGCAUUUGACAGGUCAUCAUUUUUAGUUAGCGGGGGAAAUAUCCAACCGAGCGACUCGAGUUCUUACUACACGACAACACCGACCAACUACUACAGCAAGAUUGUGCACCAGUAUGAGGCGGACGGGAAGGGAUAUGCAUUCGCUUAUGAUGACGUGACCCCUGAUGGCGCGCCAAAUGCUUCUGGUCUGCUCAAUGAUCCGAAUCCUACUCUUCUGACUAUCACUAUUGGAGGACCAACGUCUUGA